AUGGGGAACGUGUUGGCCGCUAGCUCGCCGCCCGCAGGGCCACCGCCGCCGCCCGCACCCGCCCUCGUGGGUCUGCCGCCGCCUCCCCCCUCUCCUCCGGGCUUCACGCUGCCGCCGCUCGGGGGCGGCCUGGGUGCUGGGGCCGGCGCGGGUCGAGGUUCCGAACGGACCCCCGGGACGCCUGCAGGGACCGCGGACGAUGGGGCCUGCGGCUGUCUCCCCAACCCCGGCACGUUCGAGGAGUGCCACCGGAAGUGCAAGGAGCUGUUUCCUAUUCAGAUGGAAGGUGUCAAGCUCACAGUCAACAAAGGGUUGAGUAACCAUUUCCAGGUGAACCACACAGUAGCCCUCAGCACAAUCGGGGAGUCCAACUACCAUUUCGGGGUAACGUACGUGGGGACAAAGCAGCUGAGUCCCACAGAGGCAUUCCCCGUGUUGGUUGGCGACAUGGACAACAGUGGCAGCCUCAAUGCUCAGGUCAUUCACCAGCUGGGCCCCGGCCUCAGGUCCAAGAUGGCCAUCCAGACGCAGCAGUCCAAGUUUGUGAACUGGCAGGUGGAUGGGGAGUACCGGGGCUCUGACUUCACAGCAGCCGUCACCCUCGGGAACCCAGACGUCCUGGUGGGUUCAGGCAUCCUCGUGGCCCACUACCUCCAGAGCAUCACGCCGUGUCUGGCGCUGGGCGGAGAGCUGGUCUACCACCGGCGGCCUGGGGAGGAGGGUACCGUCAUGUCUCUAGCUGGGAAGUACACGUUGAACAACUGGUUGGCGACAGUGACGUUGGGCCAGGCGGGCAUGCACGCAACGUACUACCACAAAGCCAGUGACCAGCUGCAGGUCGGCGUGGAGUUUGAGGCCAGCACAAGGAUGCAGGACACGAGUGUCUCCUUCGGGUACCAGCUGGACUUGCCCAAGGCCAACCUCCUCUUCAAAGGCUCCGUAGACAGCAACUGGAUCGUGGGCGCCACGCUGGAGAAGAAGCUGCCGCCCCUGCCCCUGACGCUGGCCCUCGGGGCCUUCCUGAAUCACCGCAAGAACAAGUUCCAGUGCGGCUUCGGCCUCACCAUCGGCUGA